AUGGCAGGCCGGUUGCUCCCUGCACUUUGUCUCAUAGCCGUCUGGACUCUCAGCACACGGUUGCUCAACGGCUUUGUUGCACCAAAGGGCACGAACAAACUUCGUGCAAGAACGGUGCGUUCUGCUGGAGGUGAAUCGGAGUAUAGCUACGAUCCAUUUCCGUGGGCACUCGAUUUCUCUAUCCCUCAGGAUGAGACUGAACAGGUCCUGGAGCUUUGCGACAUGAACACAGUGUGGCCUGGCAACGUGGGAUCCAUUGACAGAGAGGGAUUUCGAGCUCGGCUCAAGGGACGGGGUGCUCGCAGUGACAAGGCAAUCGACACUGUCUUCAACGCUUUUGCUGGUGGGACGUGGCUGGCCACUAACCGGGACGCUGUGGAAGAGCUUCUGCAGAAAUGUCGGUCUGGUGGGAAGGUUGAUGCUUCACCGCUUGGGCUUGUGCUUGGAGCAAGACUUCAGAUCAUCGGAGCCUGGCUGUUUUUGAACGUCUUCUCGACCUAUGCAGGGUACUUUGUCAUUGGCCGCCCGCUGCUGGCCUCUCAGUUUGGCAUCGACCUGCUUCCGAACCUCCCACGAUGGUGGGAGUUGGAGAGGUGUCGGGACAACGGCAACAAGCUUGGAGAGGCUGCGAUGAUGAUGGCGUUGGUGGAUCUCAAGCUGCUGCAGGCCGUGAGACCCAAAGAGGUCAUUUCCUUGGCAAAGAGCGCCCUAGCUGCGGUCCAGCAGCUCAAGGACCGUGCCUGGGAGGCCGAGGGACUGGUCACUCUGGCCCGCAGCUACGAGAACACACAGAAGGGGGACAACAUGCUGCGAGCAGCGCGCGCUGCUGUGGAGGCCUUCAAGCAGGUCGGGGACAAGAAAGGAGAAGCUAAGGCCCUUCAUUACGUGGCAGCUGCUGCCAGCCUCAACAAUGAGGUAGCGGAGGCAGUGCGGUGUUCCAGCGAGGCCUGUGAAAUCCUGCACGAGCUCGGGCUAGCUUGUCAAGAGGCCGUGUGCCAUGCUCUGUUUGGUAAGCGCUGGCUGGGUCAUGCAGGUGUUUGGACGGUAGGUGGAGCCAGCUACUUUUUCUACAGACAUGCGGGGCCUCCCCCAGACUUACAACACCUCCUGCAGCGAGAGGAGGAACGCUCUGCAGCCCAGCUGCGCAUGAGCAAUUCCGAUGCAAAGCUUCUCAGCGCACAUCUGAACAUGUAUGGCGCUGCAUUGAUGCGAGGCGCGGUGCCACUCCGGCGUGACACCGCACAAGAGUAUUGCAGACCCUUUGCCGGUGUCCUUGAAGGCAUCACUUUCCAAGGCCGCCCCUUGCUGACACCAGCAGGCGGCUUGAAUUUGGACGUGUUUGGCGCUGCUGUUGGCUCUGCAAUUUCGAUGCCUCUUCUCAUUCCGGGCUCCUUUCUUGCAGGUGCCCUGGUUGGGGAAUCCUCAGGCUAUCUGGUCUCUGUGAUGCAGUCCAUGCAGCACCCAACUCUGAAGGCGCUUCUUGAUGCAGCUUGUACAAGGAUCGGCCAGAGCAUGCCCUUCUGGCAGCAGCGCUUUGACUCCGAGCUGCUCAGCAAAAGCUGGGCCAUGGGCACAGCGACUGAUUCCCAGGAGAUGUCUAAGAGCCCGAGCUCGGAAACCUCGCGAUUUGGUCCAUGGGGAUCAGCACUCUCCUUACUCCUCUUUGGGCCCUUGGCCUUCAACAAAAAGUCUGGUGAGGAUGAUGGACGUUCAGGUGGACAAGUGCCAGGAGCGGCUGCCGGGUGGCACACGUGGUGUUUCUACCACAGGGAUAAGCUCACCGAAGAAGGAGUUAUGCCCGAUGUGGCCAGCUUGAUGCAAGAGGUUCACAGUGCGUCAUGGCGCAGCAGCCACGACUCAACCGACCUGCUCAGCACCGAAGCUGCCUGGCGCCUGCCGGACUUGGCUCUGACUAGUGCCACACUGCGCUCAGUUGAGAAGCUCUGGCUGCCGCUGCUUGCUCAACACAUGUGGAUGAGCACUGGCCACUUGGGUGGAGACCACAUCGAAGAAGAGGCUGCGUGCAAAACCACUCCUGCAUCGGGAAGCCUUUCGCUGAAGCGUGCUGACUUGCUGUGGGCUGACUCCAGUGCUGCUGGCAACUACAUGAGCGCCAAUUGGACAUGCACAGAUCAAUCCUGGAGCUUCUCGCAGGGAUCUGCCAAAGGAGUUUCUGUCAUGGUGCCGCUGGUGGAUCUAGCCUCAAAUUCGGCAGAGUUGGAGGUCAUCACCGCCUCUCACAGAGAUUUCGAUUCCUGGAAGCUAGAGGAGGUCUCGCUGUCUCGAGUGCCCGCGCUGGCUGGGGAUAUCCUUGUAUUGGACAACCGCACAUGGCACCGGCUAAGAAUGCCCGCAACCGGACCUCCGCGAACAGCAGUGCUGCUGCACUACGAGUACGUCCUGGAGUCCAAGGGCGAAGACGUUGCUCCACUUCGAUCCCAACCCUUGGAUGCAGUGUUCUGGACCUUGGUGGCCGGUUUCCUCAGGAUCCGCAAGGCUGCGCAUUCAACCCAUGAUGCCCUGGCCGCAAGGUUUUUUCAAUGGUGGGGGGAGGACAAAGAUGAUACCUGA